AUGUGCGUCCUAGCCGCCACCGUAGAAAUUGGUGGACAACCCCAGCUCGUGUGGUGUCUGUCAAUACCCCCCUCCCCUGCUGUCAAACACAUCAGGACCCGCUUCUCUGCACGAGAUAAGACAUCAGUAGACAGCCUGCCAUCGGUGUCUUCAUUCACGAUCCCAGUCGUGGUGCAGCCUAGUAGCCAGAGAUAUAUAUUUGCCCUGGGAAAAUCCUUCCCAUCAGGGGCUAAGUUUCGGGCUCAGCCGAAUCAUGCCAUUUCAUCUGGCAUAACAGGAAUGUUCUCAGCUUCCCCAUGUGCCAAAGCCAAAAGGCGUGCUUUACUUCUCUCUGUCCAUGAUAAAGAGAUGAUUCCUAUGUAUAGCCUCGUAGGCCUUGUACUCAUCGCUUUCCCUGGUCCGAAAGAUGAGGGUCGCGGACUUAUUGCCACGGCAUGCGACAGAAGAAGCGGCCGAAUGCCGAGGCCAGAUUUGACGGGACCAAGUCGGGUCGGCCCGAUCGGGCGCGACCAGAUCAUUUUGCGUGCCGCGAAAGCGUUGAGCCCCACCACUCACGAUGCCCGUGCGAUUGUGACACGCGCAGGCUUAGAAUUAUGCUCUCCAUUGCCUCUACAGCCUCAGAGACUAACGGCGCUGCCAUGUAACGUGACCGGAAGUUGCUGCUCACUUGAUCCUCCAGGGUCGAAGCUCUCUCCGAGAGUCCGCUUAGUUACGGCCUCUUACGCUGUCAAGGACAUCAGAGUAUUCACAGAGAGACGACAGGGCAGCAAUGACGCUGAACCAACGGCGUGGAUGUGGUCACCCACCAUACCACCACAUAAGUCGCCGGCGUGUAGCUAA